CACUUUUAAAUUUAUUUUGAAAAUACCCUUUUAAUUAUCUCUGUAUGCCAAAUAAAUAUUGUGAGAGACAGCUGAAUAUACACCAUCCGUUGGGCCCUUCUUAAUUAUCUUCAACCCGGGCUCUCUCUUUCUCUGAUUUGACCCAAUUCUGCACAUCCCACUGAUGUCACCCACCAUUUCUGAAAAUACAUUUUAAGGAUCUACCAAGAGCUCGAAUGGCCUGUGGGCUACGGCCCACGUGUUCGCGAGGACACGUGCCAGCAGCCCAUGUCAAACAACGCAUCGUAUCAUGCUGCUUCAACUCUUUAUUUCUUCAUCAUCUUCUUCGUUUUUCCAGAAAUUUUAGUGAAAGUAAUUAUUGGCUCCACGACGUCGUUUGGUCUGUCAACUGUUAUGGGUUUCUUAAACUACAUCUCCGACCUCUGUGACUGUGAUUGGUCUCGUUAUACGAGUAGCAGAAAGCUCAAGAAACGCAAGCAGUUACAGACGGUGGAGAUAAGAGUGAAGAUGGAUUGCGAAGGAUGCGCGAGACGGGUGAAGAAAUCAGUAGAAGGCAUGAGGGGACUAACGGCGGUGGAAGUGGAGCCGAAGCAACAUAAGCUCAGUGUAACGGGGUAUGUGGAUCCCGCCAAAGUGUUGCAACGUGUCAGACAUCGAACGGGGAAGAAGGCUGAGUUAUGGCCUUACGUGCCGUACGAUGUUGUGGGCCAUCCUUAUGCACCAGGGGCCUACGAUAAGAAAGCUCCCCCUGGAUACGUGCGAAACGUGGUGUCUGAUCCCGAGGCUUCUUCUCUCGCACGUGCCAGCUCUUUUGAAGUGAAGUACACUACUGCUUUUAGUGAUGAUAACCCGAAUGCGUGUGUUGUCAUGUGAAUUACUUUUUUAAAAAAAUUCCUAAAAUACCUUUUUUAAAAAAUGUAACGUGUCAUGUAAUUUUCUGUUUUUACUUAUAGGGAUGAUUAGCCUUCUGUAAAU